AUGCUGCACCUGAAAGUCCAGUUCCUGGAUGACUCCCAGAAGAUCUUUGUAGUUGAUCAAAAAUCCUGUGGGAAAGGGCUCUUCAACCUCACCUGCAGCCACCUCAACCUUGUGGAGAAGGAGUACUUUGGGCUGGAGUUUCACAGCCAGGCUGGGAACCAGGUCUGGUUGGAACCACUAAAACCCAUAACAAAGCAAGUGAAAAAUCCUAAGGAGGUUCUUUUCAAAUUUAUGGUGAAAUUUUUCCCAGUGGACCCCGGCCACCUGAGAGAAGAACUGACCAGGUACCUCUUCACCCUCCAGAUCAAGAAGGACCUGGCUCAGGGGCGGCUGCCCUGCAGCAACAAGAGCGCAGCGCUGCUCGUCUCCCACCUGCUGCAGUCCGAGCUGGGCGACUUCCACGAGGAGACAGACCAGCAGCACCUGGCCACGCACAGGUACCUGCCCAACCAGGAGUACCUGGACAACAAGAUCAUGCACUACCACCGGAGGCACAGAGGGAAGACGCCGGCCGAGUCGGACGUUCAGCUGCUGGACGUGGCCAGGAAGCUGGAGAUGUACGGGAUCCGCCCGCACCCCGCCAGCGACGGCGAGGGGACACAGAUCAACCUGGCCGUGACACACAUGGGCGUGCUGGUGCUGCGGGGCAAUACAAAGAUCAACACCUUCAACUGGUCCAAAAUUCGCAAACUGAGCUUCAAGAGGAAACAUUUUCUCAUCAAGCUCCAUGCAAAUAUCUCUGAGCUGUGCAAGGACACGCUGGAGUUCACCAUGGCCAGCCGGGACACCUGCAAAGCCUUCUGGAAGACGUGUGUGGAGUACCACGCCUUCUUCAGGCUCUCUGAGGAGCCCAAGUCAAAGCCCAAAGCCCUUCUGUGCAGCAAAGGUUCCAGCUUCCGCUACAGUGGCAGGACUCAGCGGCAGCUGCUGGAGCACGGGAGGAAGGCUAAGAUGAAGAGCCUGCCCUUUGAGAGGAAACACUACACAUCCCGCUAUGAUGAGAGGCAGUGCCGCUCCUCCCCGGACCUCCUGACGGAUGUAUCAAAGCAGGUGGAGGAGCUGCGCCUGGCCUACGGCAGCCGGGGCUCCUACCACGCCAACGGUGUGCACGGCUCCGAGCCCACCCUGGACAGCCGGCGCCGCAGCUCCACCAUGGAGGUGACAUUUGCCGCUGAGCUGGAGCGCUCCAAGCCCGAAGCAUCCCCCACCUUCCUGCCCCACUCCAAAAGCUCGUCUGCCUUCCCCCUGCUCUACGCCGAGCUGGAGAUGGAGCGGGCGUGGGAGCCCAUGGACCUCUUCGGAGCCAGGAAUCCCUUGACGUCCUUUCGGCCCCACCAGCAGUUCGCUGGGAACAGUAAAAGCACCUCUGUGGGCAACAUGCGGGAAGUGAGCGCCCGGCAGCUGGUGUACACGGAUGUGCCCUGUCCCCUGCCCGUGCUGGCCCCGGCCCCCCCGGUGCUCUUCUAUCUGGACAGGGCGCUGCAGCCCCCGUGCCCUGCACUGGCCCCUGCCGAGGACACAGCAGGAGCGGCCGGUCCAAGCGGCCCCGUGGCAGCAAAACCCCCCCGGCAGAGCCCGAGCGGGACCCAGGCUGGGCAGCUCCAUGGUGAGGCUGCAGGCACGGCCACGGGCACGAGCAUGGCGGGGGAGAGCAGGUCACUGGCUCGCUCCUUCGAUUACGGCCUUCAGGAGCAGCCUCCCAAGCGGUCUCUGAGCCAGUCGGACAUGAAAACCAUCCGCUUCCCCUACGGCUCCGAGUUCAGGCCCCUGGGGCCGUGCCCUGCUCUCAGCAGCCGGAAAGGCGGUGUUUUUUGGCACGUCCCAGCCCAGCAAGGGCUGGCUCCGGGGCUGCGGCGCUCCACCGAGCGCUACCUGGGCAGCAGCACCGAGUCCAGCGACUCCGACUCGGACCUGCUGGCCGCCGACUACUGCUCCCUGUACGGCCGCGUGCUGCGCUCGCCCAUGGCCCGCGUGCGGCUCUCCUCGGGCAGCCUCCAGCUGGAUGAGGAGGACGAGGAGGUGUCCUUCGCCACCAGUGCUGCUGAAGAGAGGAUUUCCAGAGGGGCCUCCAAGUAUUUCACCUAGGUGCCUGACACCGGCCAGAGGGAGCAGAGGUGGCCGGUGCUGACCCAGGGUCAGAGAAUGGUGACACUCUUCGUUUGCAGGUCUGCUUACAGCUUAUGAAACAUUGAUGGGAUCGUGUUGUGCGAGUGCUCUUAGCUAUAGAGAUGUGUUAAUGGACAUCAGGGGUGUGUUCAGAAGUAUUCAACCCCUGCACCACACUUGGAAGCUGGUUUGCCUCUGCCACCACGCUUUGAGGGGGGGGGGGGUCUCAGUUCAGCCAGAGAUCUCCUAAAGUCCUGCUAAGUCCCCAUGUCCUGCCCAAGCUGAUGCUUGGAGCUCAGCUGCUGGAGUCUUCAUGAGGGCGAGGGAGAAAAGAAAAAGAGACUCAGAGAAUAGUUUCAGCUGCUGUUUUCCCAGCUGCACUGGAGGGAAGGGUGUUUCAGGCCCUUUUGGAAAGGAGCAAGAUCUUCAUGGGAGGCUGCUCCUUGAGCUGAUGCCACGUGGACAGGACAAAACCCCAGCACAGAGCCCACCUCCUCCACUUGUCUCACCUCCCUCCAGUGCUGCAGGGAGAACCUGGC